AGUUAGCCGUAAGAUGGUUUUGAGAAACCUGGCCCUGAUUAACACUAGAGAGAGACGUGACAAUCGGGGAUCCUCUGGGGAGCCUCAACAACCUCAUGAUGCAGACGAGGCAGAGAAAAGUCCCUCCACAUCAGAACACCUCAAGAAACACCGGCAGAGACCCACAGGGAAGAGAACUCACUGCUGCUCUGACUGUGGGAAAAGAUUCACCUCUUCAGCCGACCUCAAAAGACAUCAGAGGAUCCAUACUGGAGAGAAACCUUAUAGCUGUGAUCAAUGUGGGAAGAGUUUUACUCAUUCAAGUAAUCUGAAAGCACACCAGAGAACACACUCAGGAAAGAAGCCUUAUAGUUGUGAUCAAUGUGGGAAGAGUUUUAUUACAUCUAGCUGUCUAACUAUACACCAGAGAAUACACACAGGAGAGAAAUCUUAUAGCUGUGAUCAAUGUGGGAAGAGAUUUGUUACAUCUAGCAGCCUGACUAUACACCAGAGAACACACACAGGAGAGAAAUCUUAUAGCUGUGAUGAAUGUGGGAACAGUUUUGUUACAUCUAGCAGUCUGAUACUGCACCAGAGAACACACACAGGAGAGAAACCUUAUAGCUGUAAUGAAUGUGGGAAGAGUUUUACUCAAUCUAGCAACCUGAUAGCACACCUGAGAAUACACACCGGAGAGAAACCCUAUAGUUGUAUUCAAUGUGGGAAGAGUUUUGUUACGUCUAGCCAUCUGACUCGACACUUGAGAAUACACACAGGAGAGAAGCCUCAUAGCUGUGAUUAAUGUGGGAAUGGUUUUGUUACAUCUAGACUGUACACCACAGAACACACACAGGAGAGAAACCUUUUCCCUGCUCUGAUUGUGGAAAGAGUUAUGUUUCGUCAGGAUGUUUAAAAUCACACCAGAGAACUCAUAGCUGUGAUCAAUGUGACGAGAUACUCUGAUAAAAGAUCUCUGAUUAAACAUCAGAAAAUACAUGAUGGAGU